AUGAGGCUCGUGAUUGAUCAACAAAUGGAAGAGAAAGCAGUAUUACGGUCAUGGAAGAACACUUCAGACCCGUCUAGUGGAAGGUUUAAGCUUAUUCUUAUUGCUGGUGCACUUCCGGAUUUUGUCACUCAGUACGAUGAUAAACCGUAUUGGCGAUCUGGUCCAUGGAAUGGUUCUCAUUUCCUUGGUGUGCCUUCGGUUUCUGCAGGGGCUGGUAAUGAAUUUUGGUUUAUGAAUAAUGACAAUGAAGGUACCUUUGAUUUCUUAUUCUCUGUGGCAAAUCAGUCAAUAUUGGCUAAUUAUGUGCUGAAUUAUGAUGGAAAUGUGUUCCUAAAAAACUGGGAUGGUGCUAACAGGAAGUGGAACGUUUCGUGGCAAUCGUUAGGAUCUGAAUGCGAGUUUUAUUGA